AAGACUCGCAGCUGAUAUCCCCAAAUUGCCAGCCGUUUCUCCCACAAUCAAUCAGCAAGUUUCUCGUACCAAAUCAAGUCGAUCUCGACUGCUACCAUGGCUCGCCUUCAGCUAUUCAUUCUGUCAGCCCUGCUUCUUCUGACGCUGUCGACUGCGACUGAUGAUGACUUCUUUCCAGCAGCCGUAAAGAAACCAGCAACAUACAAUCCUGGCAACAGGGCGACCAAAGCGCUGCUAGAUGCUCUCGAGGACGACUACUCCGCGUUCCUGUUCUUCCUCAAGCGCGCAGGCUUGGACAAGGAGCUUCCUGACCUUCUGAGCAAGUACUCCGUGACCAUAUUCGCGCCGACGAACGACGCCUUCAAGGCGCUGGACCGGGACACGAAGAAGAAGGUGAAGGAGGACAAGGUGCUCCUGCGCGAGCUCAUGAUGCUGCACAUCACCAAGGGGAAGAAAACGUUCGCACGCCUCCUCGAACAGAAAAAAGACCAUCAGUAUUCGUCGCCUGCUGCUAUGGGCCAAGCGAAUCUGGUGAAGCGCAGCGAGGAGUACGACGAGCCGAUGAUCAUCUCGGCCAAGCGCGGCAAGAAUACGGCCACCGUAGAGGACGCGGAUGUCUUUGUGAGCAAGCUGGUUUCGGUGCAGGGAAUCGAUGAAGUCAUCCUGCCCCGCAGCUUCCAGAGGCCUUAUAAGAACCUGACUCUUAUGGAGAGCAUGGAUCGUGUGAAGUGAUGGGAAGGAGGUUGCUUAUAGCACCCCAUGCCAUAGCUUGGUAGGGGAAGUUUUGGCUUUGGUUCUGGUAGCUUUUUAUGUCUUUCAGAUGGA